CGUCCGCAUCUGCAACGCUGCGUCCAGAAGUCGUUUCCUGACGCUGCGACGGGAGCUGUAGCCGCUUCGGACCCGCGGGGUCGCGUCGGUGCCCUGGACUGAGCCUGUCGGGGCCGCAGUGUCGCAGGGACCCUGCCCCGGGACUAGGUCGGAACCAUGAGCGGCACCGUGAGAGGGUACGAUGAAUUCGAUGAGCAGUUGCGAAUGCAAGAGUUGUACGGAAACCCCAAGGAAGGCUACUCCCAGGAAGAUCCUGGCAAAGAAGCAGGUUCUCUGGGGCAGCAGCCGACAGACACCCCUUACGAGUGGGACCUAGACAAGAAGGCAUGGUUCCCCAAGAUCACCGAAGAUUUCAUUGCCUCUUAUCAGGCCAAUUAUGGCUUCGCUAAUGAUGGAGCGCCCAGCUCUACCACAAACAUACAACAAGACGCCGCUGCUGGCAAUGCAGGAGAGCCUCCGCAGAGAAAAAAACCCGAGCCCACUGAGCCCAAGAUGAAGGGGGAGAAGAAAAAAGCUGAAUCUGGAUGGUUUCACGUUGAAGAAGAUCGAAAUACCAAUGUCUACGUGUCUGGCUUGCCCCCAGACAUUACAUUGGAUGAAUUUACACAGCUCAUGUCCAAGUUUGGUAUUAUUAUGAGAGAUAUUCAAACCGAAGAAUUUAAGGUCAAGCUUUACAAAGAUAACCAAGGGAAUCUUAAGGGAGAUGGGCUGUGCUGUUACCUGAAGAGAGAGUCCGUGGAGCUCGCAUUGAAAUUUUUGGAUGAAGAUGAAAUUAGAGGUUACAAAUUGCAUGUUGAGGCUGCAAAGUUUCAGCUGAAGGGGGAAUAUGAUGCCUCGAAAAAGAAGAAGAAGUGCAGAGAUUACAAGAAGAAACUGUCCUUGCAGAAAAAGCAGUUGGAUUGGAGGCCCGAGAGGAAAGCUGGAUCUACCCGAAAGCGCCAUGAGCAAGUUGUCAUCAUCAAAAAUAUGUUUCAUCCUACAGAUUUUGAAGAUGAUCCACUGGUAUUAAAUGAAAUCAGAGAAGACCUUAGAGUAGAGUGUUCAAAGUUUGGCCAAAUUAAGAAAGUCAUUCUCUUUGAUAGACAUCCAGAUGGUGUGGCCUCUGUGUCCUUUAAGGAUCCAGAGGAAGCUGAUAAUUGCAUUCAGACCUUUAAUGGAAGGUGGUUUGGUGGCCGGAAAAUCACUGCCGAAACCUGGGAUGGGACGACAGAUUAUCAGGUGGAGGAGACCACAAGAGAAAGGGAGGAAAGGCUGAAAGGAUGGGAGGCUUUCCUCAAUGAGCCUGCAGGCAAGAGAGGCCUCCCAAAUUCCAAUCUUACCAGUGCUUCAGAAGGAGCAGGGCCUUCUGGAAUAAGACAUUUGUCAGGGCACCCUGGCACAGCUGAAAUGACAUCUGAAACACCCACAGAGGACAAAAAGUUUGAAACACCAGGAGGUGGGGGAGAAGCUGAAGAAGCUUCUGAAAGAAAUGCUAAUGAAGGCAGCCUCAAAAGAGGGUCGGAGGAAGACUUCCAUGAAAGGGCAUCUGAGGAAGUCCGAGCCAGUAAAGAAUCUGAAGAGAGUGGCCCCAAAUCCGAGCCAGAGAAGAAGAAACUGAAAACCCACUGUGAGGAGAAUGGCCUUGAAAAGGAGUCGAAGGCAGCCGAUGACCCUGAUGGGGAUUCCGAAGCUGAGGAUGGCCCCCACUAGGAGUCUGAAAACAGCUCCAGGAAUCUGAAGAAGACUGCUCUAAAAAACUGGAAAAGAGGAAUCUUGAAAAAGAGACUAAGACUGCAAAAUCCAGAUUUAAAGAUGCUGGCUCUGACAGGGUGUUUGGUGAGGAAGGUGUCGGUCACUUGAAGACGGUAACAUAGGGAAGGGUAUUUGAUGAUGCGUCAGAUUAAAAAGGAUGAAAAGUGCAGAUAAAAUGGGGCUUGAAAUGCAGCUAAAAGGCUGCAAGGGAAAGGUGGUUUUAAAGUUCAGGUGAAAGGAAGAUGAAGAUACAGUUGACGAGUUGUUGAGUCUAAUGAGAGGGGGACGAAGUUGUUUUGAGAAUCUUGGGGAAGAAGGACUCCUUUCCUAAGUAGAUGUUGAUAAUAUUUAAUCCCUUCCACUUGCAUUUUCAGGAGAUACUUUAGCCUUACAUUUUCCUCUGCUCCAAGUUAAUUGUUAGAAGUAUGACGUGUGCGUAGUAGUAGGAUGCCAUCAGAGUAAUGCGUUGAUGUCUCCAUUGUUACCUGACUUAAUCAUCUUACAUAUGUGUUAAUUGGUUGUUCAUAUAAAAGUUCACAUUCACAAUGCAAGUAAACUGGAUACUUGUCAUUUUGUCAGGUUUGUCAAAUGCAUGAAUAACAUUUUUAAACUGAUGACUCUGGCUCAAGUUUGUGAUAUUUAAAAAUAAAAAGAUGAUUAAAAAGCAAA